AUGAAGAAACUCACGCGAUACCUCCAAAAGCAGGCACUUCAAUACUCCGACGAAAAGUACUCUUCGGCCGCGUACCUCUCACCACGCAGGAACCACGAACCACAGGAGAAACUCAAGCACCAUCUCAAAACGACAUCCAGCGACAACAACAAUCACCUCCGGCCCAAAAUGCCACCAAACCGCAAACCCUCCAACCGUGGCGCUGCAAUCCCAUCACGCAUCUCCUCCAACAUCCAACGCGUGCAAUAUGCGUCCGAAAACAUUCUGCAAUCCUACGAGCUCUUCAUUCCCCCGCCACCCGCGUCCGAGUCAGACUCAGCCAUCCCACCUCCGUACUCCGAGAAGCACCCCUCCACCCCCUCCUUCCCAAUCAAAAGGCUCUGGAUCAUCUUCAUCCACGGCGGCUACUUCCGGGACCCCUCCAUCCUAGCCUCGUCUUUCCACGCCACACUAUCCCUCCUAACAGACCCCAACUCCCCAGACCAGCAAAUCCUGGCCCUUCAACGACAUACAGCCGGCUACGUAUCAAUAAACUACCGCCUCGCCCCCCACGAAGCCCACCCUCAAGACCCGACCACCACCCCAUCCUACGAAAUGCGCAACGCGCGCUGGCCGGAGAUCUUGGGCGACGUGUUGAAUGCACUGCGCCACUUCCAGGCCAAACACCCCAGCACUCGACCUGGAGGUGACGAAGGGUAUGUGUUGGUGGGCCACAGUGUGGGCGCGACGUUGGCGAUGAAUGCGCUGUUGCACAUGCAGAAUCAGGAGGGGAUAGCGCCGCCGGUGGGCAUUGUGGGUGUCUCCGGGAUAUAUGAUUUUAUUAGGUUGCAUGAGACGUUUCCGGGGUAUGAUGCGAUGACGCGGAAUGCGGUUGAUGAGGAGGAUUGGGAGGGGAUUAGUGUUGCUAGGAAACGGAGAGGGGAGAUUGAGGCGGCGUGGGCGGCUGCUGGAGGCGAGGGUGGGGGGAAGGAAAAUAAGAGGUGGCUGCUCCUUGCGCACAGCAAGGAGGAUACACUGGUGGAUUGGGGCCAGUUGGAAGCUAUGGCUAAUGUCUUUAAGAUGGACAGUAGCAAGGACGGGCCGGCAGCAGUGACGGUCAAGUGCGAUGUAGAGGAGAUCAAGGGGAAGCAUAAUGCCUGUUGGGAGGAUGGGAGGGAGCUGGCGAGGGUCAUUGAGCGGUGCGUGGGCGAGAUUGUUGGUGUCUGA